AUGGCUGCUAUGAGGACUUUAACCGUGGCAGGUCUGUUUUUGGCUUUUUGCGCUUUGGGACUGAUCGCGGUGGCGAUCAGCACCGACAACUGGUACGAGACUGACGCCAGGAGGCACCGGGAACGCUGCAAGAAUUACUCAAACAAAAGAAACGACCCCGGCUACAUUUACAUCUCCAACAACAACCUUCCGCUUCGGAUGCUGCCAAAGGAGAAAAACGUUGAAAGAAAGGGCUCCAGUGUCAGCGGCGAAAUGCUGCUGCGGGCUAAGCGGCACUUCUUGCCUCCUGCCCCGGCAAUGGAGUCUCUCUGCAGUCGGCAUUUCAACUCCACCGUCACCGGACUGUGGAGAAAGUGCCACAGAGAAGGGUUUGACUUGGAGACGGAGGAUUUGAUCUUUAAAGGAUUGGUUCCACGCUGCACACCAAUAAAAUACUACUACUCAUCAUCAGAGCUCCCCAGAAAUCUGCCAAUCAAUCUGACGAAGACAAUAAGGCAGGAUGAGUGGCACGCGCUUCAUCUCCAGAGGAUGACUGCCAGUUUCAUAGGAAUGGCCAUAUCCAUCAUCAUGUUCGGCUGGAUCAUAGGCGCUCUGGGCUGCUGUCAAGACCACGAUCUGAUGCAGUAUGUCGCCGGACUUCUCUUCCUCAUGGGAGGGACGUGCUGCAUAAUCUCCCUUUGCACGUGUGUGGCCGGAAUCAACUUUGAACUGUCCCGCUAUCCGCGCUACAUGUUUGGCAUACCAGAAGACAUCAGUCAUGGUUACGGCUGGUCCAUGUUUUGUGCGUGGGGUGGACUGGGCCUCACAUUGCUGGCUGGCUUCCUGUGCACACUCGCUCCCUCCCUCUACCCCCCACAGACCAGUGCGGUGCACAAGCCCAGACAGGAGAACGGCUGUGUGUGACAGGCCGCGGGCAUACCAAACAGACACCUGUCUCAUCUGUGAAACAGUGACGAGCCCUGUUCCAGAGACAGCUUCACCCAGGGACUCAGAGAGAAGAGAAAGCCUUCACUUAGCCAGGCACAGAGAAAGCAUGGGACACUUGCUCGCACUCACAUGGGAAAUGAUAAAGAGGUGACAUUUGACUGAAGACGGUUUCAGUUCCUCUGGUGCUUUUUGAUUUUUUUCUUCUGUCCCUCUUUAUGAAUAAACUGUUGAGUGUCAUUGCUUGCUCUUCAAGAGGAGAAUAUAACAAUUUCUUCUUGUAAAAUCUGCUAGUUUGAGAAGAAAAACAGAAUAAAAAAGAGAAAAAGAUGCACUGGCAGGAGGUCAAUAGCACAACUUUCAAAUGGAAACUGAAGAUCAAACCAUGGACUUGUAAUUCACAUUUCAAAGGGCAACUGUGUAUCAUUAUGUACCCAUUCAAAACAAGAUAUGUACAUGUACUUUAUGAAUUGUAUGUAUGCAGAUGCAUUCGUGUUUAUUCAAGGAAAAAAAAUGAGCAUUAGACCAAACUGUGUUUGAGGGAAGUGUUUUGUUGUUCUUGAGGUCUUACCCCUGUCGGAAUAUUUUUGAAAAAUAAAAGAGCCAUGCAAAAGUAUUUUUUUCUCCCCCCUCAUGUAAUGCACUGAACAGACAUCAUAUAAAAAAACAAAAGCAAAAAAAA